GCCAUCCAUCCAUCCAUUCAUCCAUGGUUCUUCAUUCUAUGGCUAAAGUCCCUAACACCAAAAUGACCAAACUCUAACCUAUGCCUAAAACCAAAGGACAUUUGCGGCUGUGCGCCAAUGCCAGUAUAUUGUACUGUUCUUUCGCGAAAAAUUUUUUGCUGGACUAUGUGAACUGUCUGAUAGCAUAAAGAAAUGUGAAGCCACACACGCUGCUCCAGGGUCAUCGGGUGUGCUGUGCAAUGAAACUUCUUUCAGAGAGACUCUGUGGGACGGCUUCAGGGCGAUGCUGACGUUAGCGGCAGCGUUUACUUUGCUAAUAAGCAUCGCCGUAAACUGCGCAGCUCUAGGUACCUACGAAGCCAAUUGCAGUACGCUCCUGAUGGGCCAGUACUUGUGUGCGGCACCCGAGAUCGAUCCGGCCACGCAGCAGCCCAAGACAUGCGGCCCCGACAACCGAGCCCGUAUUAUGUGCACCGCGGCCGAUGGUAUAAUCUGCAAGAACGGCACCGGCACCGGCCGGGACACCUUCGAGAAGGAAAUUCCGUGCCGCUACACUAACGGCUACUCUUUCGAGACAGCACUAGUGCUUUCCGUAUUCCUCGGCAUGUUCGGCGUGGAUCGCUUUUACUUGGGCUACCCUGCCGUCGGCCUUGCGAAGUUCUGCACGCUCGGGUUCAUGUUCCUCGGCCAGCUCGUGGACAUUAUUCUCAUCUCUAUGCAGGUUGUUGGCCCCGCCGACGGGUCGCAUUAUGUUAUCAGUUACUUCGGCCCCUGCCUGCGAUUUCUGGAGAUCGACAAUGACACUUACGUUUUGCCGCAAGACGAUUGGUGAUGCAGCAAGAGCUCCCUCGUUCGCAGAUUGCAUGCCAAGGCGAAGGGCUAAGAUAUAGCCAUUUCCUUGACCUGUGUUUUGAAAUAAACACCCUGAAUACAUCAGAUAAGUUCAUCAGCCUUGCGUAUGCCUUGCACUGGUCUGCGAUGCAGAAAACAAUUUCACAUGUAAAUUGCACUACAGUGUUCUUGCAGAAGAGCAAUGGAACUACGAAAUUCUGUAAUAAGGUUGCACUGCAAUAAAAUUCACUUAACUACAGUGAUAAUAUAGGGAGUGUCAGAUUUUGCACACCCAAAGGGCCUAGAAUGGGGUUUGGGAUUUUUUAUACAUAAAGUCGCACUUAAGGAAGAAUGGUGCAAACGAAGAGGGACGAGCUAGAAAACACAGAUGAGUGCAAACUAGCAACAAUGGCUUAUUUUGACAAACACGCUAAAUAUAUACCCUGGCAUAAACAUGUGUAGCAUCUUAAAGAUUAGUGGUUAAAUAAUUUCUAGUUCGUGCAGACUUGCCAAUGGCUUUUGCCACGCACGUCAACAGACUUAUGAAUAAAGAAUGCUUCAGCAAUCUCC